CAUUAAUCAUAACAGUCUUGCGGAACAAGGAACCGGUGAUAUGCAGGAGGAGCAAAGAGCAGAUUGAAUUUUAAACAUCAGAAUGACAACAGAAGUAGAAUUUCAAUGGACAAAUCUUCCAGACCAUAUCAUUGUUCAUAUUUUCUCUUAUUUAAAUUUCAAUCAAAGAUGUAAAUGUGCUCAAGUUUGUAAAACAUGGCUGACCUGCUUCAAUCAACCGUUGUUAUGGAAAAAAUUUACAUUUUAUUUCAUCAAGAGUGAAGAUAAACAAUAUCUUAAUUUAGCAACGCUUCACGGACAUCAUAUGAAACAUGUGAGUAUAAUACUAGAUCAACAUGAAAAAGAAAAUCGGGAAAAAGCUUGCGAAGUUAUAAAUAUAUUUAGUUCGAUAGAAGAUCAAAAAGUUUCAUCACUAUCUCUGAAAUUUGUUGGAGAAAAUCCUUUGUUUUAUGCAGGUUUGGAAUUCAUAGACACCUUAAAAAUCUUCUUUGCUGCCAACCAUCAAAAUGGCAAGACUGGGUAUUUGACGGAAGUUGAUUUGAGUGGACUCUGGAUCGAUUUAAAUGAAGAAGUGUUAGACAUCUUGGCCACAAAUCACAAAAAUCUUCAGAAAUUAAAUAUUCAGAAUCGAAGCUUGAUCAGCAAAAUAUCGCCUGCAUGUUUAGUUCGUGUUUUACACCAGUGUGUUCAGUUAUCAGAAUUGAGUUUGUUUUACGUUACUCUUUCUGAUGAAGUUUUGGAAACUUUUGCUGAGGAAGGACGAUCUUCGCCGCUAAAAUACUUAUCUAUCAAAUGUCGACGACAGGAAAAAUUUGUAAAAAUUUUAUCAGACAAUUUAUGGAAAAAUUUGCAUAAAAAUUCACCAAACUUAAAAGUAACCAUGAUAUUUGAUCAUAAUUGUCUUUUAGAAAAGGUUUCAUCCAUUUUAAGUCCAAGUCUUCCAGUCUCAGAGCUCCUUCUUGAAACCUUUACGAUGCUUUUUGACGAGAUAAACCUGGCAGCGUCUUAUUAUAGAAAUACUCUGGAGAGACUGGUCGUUCAAACACGACCUUCACGGGAACUGGAAGAAGCUCUGAUAAAUGUCACCACAAAGUGUCAUAAGUUAAAAAGUCUGAUUGUGUAUUGUGUUCUCUCGGAAGAAACUGUGGAUAAAAUUCAUGCUCUGUGUCCCAGACUGAAGGAAGAAAGGAAUUAUAUUUUAAAGACCGUGAUGGACCCAGAGCCUUGGAUUGUUGGAGUUGAAGAAGGUGACUAAGCUGAUGUAUUUUUUAAGAUUUUACUCACUAAUACAAUGAAAUGUCUAAAUGCUAGAAUUCAGCAAAUAAUUGAGUGGAAUUUUCGAUAUAACUCCUAAAAUAAGAGAGCCAAAAGUUUGUUCCGUAGAGAUAUAUACACAAGCUUUCUUCUGAAUUGUGUUAUCUGAAUCUUCUAAUCGCCACAGAUAUAGCAAAGAAUUCAUUGGAAUGUCAUCACAAAACAAGGCUAAUAAUGCAAUAUUAUCUCGUAAUAAGUCAAAUAAUUUGCAUAAAGGCCUGUAAUUUGACCAGGACUUCAAUUUUUGUUCUAGUUUUAUGAAAGUUAUGAAAGACUAAAUAUCAACCUGUUAGUGAGCCAGUAUGGAACUAGACGAUAGUAUUUCACGCUUACAGAUUGUAUAUAGAUUUUUAUCUCCACGCUAUAUAUGCUCCAUCUUUCUUCUGAAUUGUUUUCUUUUUUCGACUCUUCAAAUCACCAAGUUAUGGUGCCAAGAUAGUGCAAUAGACAUAUAUUUGUUUUCACGUAUUUGGGUAUUUUUUUUUUAAUCAUUUAUGUCUAAAUGACGGAAAUGUAAUAAAUGAAAUUCAUAGGAUUGUUUUAUUUGUUAUUGGCUGUAUUUUCUUUCUUUAUCUUAUUUUUUAUUGUUUUUAUAGGUUUGUAAGAAUAAAUUCAAGCAUAAUUUAAAUUUUGAGAAAAUCGGGAAAGAUCACCUUUUUUUAUAGAGCCAAGAUUAUCGUUUCUUCUAAAAAAUAUUGACUCAUAUUAAAAAAUCAUUUUAUUCCAACAAGAAUUAUUUGAAACAUGAAUAAAAUAAAACGAAUACAUCUAUUAAUGAAAUUUACACCAAGAUACAAAAAAUUAACAAAAAUGAAUUUAUAAUGGCCCAAGUUAUAAUACAUAAUAUUAAUGCACAUCUAGGCUAGAAUCAAAACAUCAACAGUACAAUUCAUUUCUUGGUACUUUGAUUAGUAAUCAAGACAAUAUUGUUUUUUUCUAUUAAAAUUUUAAUCACCUAAUAAAAAUGUGGACUGUUUAGAGUUUUUAAUCAGAACUGAAUGUGCAUCAAUUAUGUUGCGGACACACGAACAGUCUUGAUCGCUGAUUAGAUUCUUGUCAUGAUUUUUGUCGCUGAUUAGAUUGUUCUUUUGUCAUGAGUUUCGUCGACCGGCUGCAGAAGACAAAAAAUCAGCAGUCAGUGGUUUUCCAGUAAGUCGAUAAUCAUAAGUGCAAAUCAUACCAUUGAAAGGAAAUUGAAUCUGAUUGGAUAAUGACACUCUGUCUUGCAGUUUGAUAUUAUAAAUCUUGUCAGCAACGCGAUAAGCUUAACGUGGAAGUGCUGGCACUCGUGAGGUUUUACAUAAGAUUCAAGUCAACAACAAAAAUCGGAGACCAAGACUGUUAGUGUGCCCACACCAUUACCUAACUCAACUAUACCCAGUAAUAUAAAGAUUGUAUUAAACAAUUGGAU